AUGGGUUCCUCCAGGUUUUUGGACCUUAUGGCCAUGCUUCUCAUGCUGUUGCUACCCUUGGCUGCCAAAGGGGAUCUUGUUGAUGAUUUCCUUGGCCAUGUUUGUGACCAAGUGGAAUGUGGGAAGGGAAGCUGCGUAGUAAACACAAGUUACCCAUUAAACUUCAUCUGUGAAUGCCAAUCUGGCUGGAAGCGAACCCAAGAAGAUGACAGUGAUGCAUAUGCCACUAGCUUUCUUCCAUGUGUCAUUCCUGAAUGUACCCUGAACUAUGGUUGUCAGCCAGCACCACCGCCAGUUCCAGAGAAGAGUUUUCCGCAUAACUUCUCAGCUUUUGAUCCUUGCUAUUGGGCAUACUGUGGGGAAGGGAAAUGCACCAAGAACAGGACACAUACAUACAGAUGCGAAUGCAACCCCAAUUAUUUUAAUCUUCUCAACAUCUCCGUUUUCCCUUGUUACAGUGAAUGUACUCUUGGAUCUGAUUGCUCGAGACUUGGAAUCAAAGUUUCAAAUUCAACCACUGAUAAUGCAAUUGGCAGUCAAGAAAACUCAGCUUCAAUCUUCCGAGGAAGGUUCCAUUGGAUGGUUAUGUUGUUGAUGUCCACGGGUAUGGUUAUGUGGACCUAGCACGCCAAGGUAUGGUUUGUGGAAUUGCACCAAACUUCUGGUCUGGUUUCAUC